UUUGCAACUAUAUAACUAAUCUGAACUUCGUUAUACCUGUUCCUGUUCAGAAAAACCAAUGUGAAAAAAAUGGUAUGCGCAAUCCAGGCACAUAUGAUUGUUCUUGCCUCAUUUGUUUUGGUGCCUCAUUUUGUGGGAACAAAUAGCAAAUGGCACAAGUUUGAAGUUUGUCGCAUUUCUGGUUGCAGAAAACUAUUACACGUAUCUAGAUAUCUAGAGGGACGUUGGUUACGUCCACUCAGUGUGAGCAGCAAGUGUUUCCUUGAUCUUCAAGAAUACCAAAGUAAAGAAUUAAUGAAAAGUCAUGGAAUUAAUGUGCAAAAGUUUCAAGUAGCUGAUGGUGAAAAUGAUGUAUCUGAAUUAGUUAAACAAUUAGAUGUGAGUGAGGUUGUAAUCAAAGCACAGGUGCUGGCUGGAGGGCGUGGUAAAGGAACAUUCAGCAGUGGUUUACAGGGUGGAGUUAAGCUUAGUAAGAAUUUUGAUGAAAUUCCAUCUAUUGUUGAUCAGAUGAUUGGCCAUUCUUUAGUUACAAAACAAACUGGCCAGGAUGGUGUAGUUGUUCGAAAGGUAAUGCUAGGUGAAGCACUAGACAUUAGUCGUGAGACCUACCUGGCAAUUUUAAUGGAUCGUGCCUAUGAAGGUCCUGUAAUUGUUGCUAGUCCUGAAGGUGGAGUUGAUAUAGAAGAAGUGGCUGAAAAAACCCCUGAUAAAAUUUAUAAAUUUCCAAUUGAUAUUAAUUCUGGAAUUAAGAGAGAACAAGCACUGGAAUUAGCAGAUAAAUUAAAUUUCAGAGGACUGUUAAGAGAGGAAGCUGCAGCUCAAAUUGAGAAGUUGUACGAAUUAUUCAUCGCUCGCGAUGCAACUCAAGUUGAAGUAAAUCCGUUUGGAGAAACUGAUGAUGGCCGAGUCGUAUGCUUUGAUGCAAAAAUCAAUUUUGAUGACAACGCCAAGUUUCGACAGGAAGAUCUGUUUGCAAGUGAAGACAUUUCCGAGAAAAACCCGAGAGAAGUUGAGGCGAGGAAAUACGACUUAAAUUACAUUGGAAUGGACGGCAACAUUGCAUGUAUAGUAAAUGGGGCAGGUCUUGCCAUGGCAACCAUGGACAUGAUUAAACUUCACGAGGGUGAGCCAGCGAACUUUUUGGACCUUGGUGGUGGCAUUCAAGAAGAGGGAGUUCAUCAAGCGUUCAAAAUAAUCAUUUCGGAUAAAAAUGUGGAAGCAAUACUUGUAAAUAUUUUUGGCGGUAUUGUUGAUUGCAAAAUGGUUGCAAAAGGAAUUCAAGCUGCUUAUGAAAAACUGAAAAUUGAUAUUCCUUUAAUCGUGCGAUUGGAAGGGAGGAAUGUCGUGGACGCCAAAAAAAUUCUCAAGUCUAGCGGUAUUCCAGUAACAACCGCUGAAGAUCUUGAUGAAGCUGCGAUGAAAGCCGUCAGUAGUCUUGUAUGAAAAAAUUAAAGAAACUGGCUAGGACCAUGGCUGUGUGAUGAUUCGUUGAUAAAAAACAUUUAUGCUAAAAGAGACCGUCUCUUACGACGAGGCUUCUAAUAGCAAUUCCCUCGCGAAAGAUUGGUCAGUCAAACUAAAUGAUUCGUGGUAAUAGUAUCUUAAUCUUGGGCCAUACGUAUACAGAAUAUACAGACGAGUAAAGUUAAUUUGCAUCAUUAAAUAAUUCCAAUGCCUACUGCCAAGUAACAGAUCAAUUAUAGCUUUAAGAUUAAAAAGUAAUACUUAUGGUGCUUUUUAAAGCCCCGGCCAGAUUGAGGAAAUCCCUCAAAACCGUACAGGGAACUUUUAACACAGGAAUCU